CCGUAGCGCCCUCACAACAUUGAUAUCUCGCGCGCACUGUGGUAGCGUAAGAGCUUUCUUCCGAAUACGAGGCUUUGAUUUUUUUUCCCAUCAAAUAUCAGUGAUAUUUUCAAAAUUUUGGAUUACUAAAUGAAAAUGUCUUUAGGUCUCGGAAAAAGAAUAGAAUUAGAAAUGAGAGGUCGACCAGCUGAUCAGAUACUGGAUCUCAAUCUUGAUAACUGCCGAGCAAGUAAAAUUGAAGGACUGACUAGUGAAUUUGUCAACUUACAGACCCUCAGUCUCAUAAAUUUAGGUCUUCAAAGUUUGGAAGGAUUUCCUAAACUUGGCAACCUUAGAAAGCUUGAGUUAAGUGAUAACAGAAUAUCUGGAGGUUUGAAUCAUUUAACUGGAUGUCCUAAUCUAACACAUCUUAGUUUAAGUGGCAAUAAAAUUAAAGACUUUGAUGUUUUAGAUCCACUUAAAGAUCUUAAUUUUUUGAGGAGUCUUGACCUGUUCAAUUGUGAAGUAACCAACAAUGAGCAGUAUAGAGAGAAAGUUUUUGCCAAAUUAUCACAGAUAACAUAUCUUGAUGGCUUUGAUAGGGAAGAGAAAGAACAAGAAGAUGUUGAUGGUGAAGAAGAGGAUGAAGACGAAGAUGAAAAUGAAGUAGAUGACGAGGAUGAUGAUGAUGAUGAGGACGAGGAUGAGGUUGGUCUGUCAUACCUGACAAAGAACAUUGAUGAUGAUGAUGAAGAUGAAGACGAUUUUGAACCUGGUGAUGAUGGGGAAGAUGAUGAUGACCAGAUAGUUGCAGGUGAAGAUGAUGAUGAAGAGGAGGAUGAUGAAGUUGCAGCAGGAGAAGAUGAUGGAGAUGAUGAAGAAGAAGAAGGUGAAGGUGAGGAGGAAGAGGAGGAAGAAGGACCCAGAGGGACAAAGAGGAAGCAUGAUGAAGAAGAAGAGGGUGGAGAAGAAGAAGAGGAUGCAUAGUUUUUGCUACUUGACCGGUAUGAGUGUGGUGUGAUUGUACAGGUUUGAAAUUGUGUACAUAAAGAACUAGUGUUUGGAUGGAUAAGGGUUUAUUUUUAUUUUUGAUAUGACUGAGCUUACAUUUUGUAUUGGCUUUCAGAAACAAGAAUGUGACCACUAUUGAAUGUAUUUCCAUUAUCAAAUGUUUGAAGGCAUAUUUAUGCUUAUAAAUGAUUUCAUUGCUACCUAAAUAAAAAUUGAAAUUGUUUUGAAAGUAUAUACACAUUGGAAUAUUAUUUUGUUUAUACAUUUUUAAGUCAUUAAAUUAAAAAGUAAUUAGAGCAGUAUUGGAUUGUUUAUUGUAAAUAGAGUGGGAAUUGUUGUCCAGCCCAAAGAUUAGGUUUGUGAUAUACAAGAUUUCCACAUGCAUAGUACUUGGUCCCACUGAAUACUGUAUCCCAAAAUUCUGUUUUAUUGAUGAUAACAUUAUUUAGUACUUAGAUAUGAUCAUAUGCUGCUACAACUUGUAUAUUGUAAGAUUAAUAUAUUCAAGUUGUACAAGCACAACUCCUUUUUUUAACAAUGUUAAAAUGUGUAACAAAUUUUUCCAGUGAAAAAGUUUCUGGACUACAUGGUUUGACCUUAUAAUAAACCAGCAUUUUUAAGCUCAUGUUGUAUAUAUGUUACAUAGGCCAAGUGAAGGCUGCUACCAGCCAGGGAACUUUUUUUUUUUAUUAAAAAAAGUUUACAAUUUGAUGCCCAAAAAAUAAUUGAAAGGUAAAUUAAUGAUUGGAACUUUGUUUAUAAAUGUGUGUACAUGCUAAUCAUCCCUAUCAUUGUCAAGAUUUUGUCCUGUAAUCAUAAUGUUAAUUUUAUCCAUUGUCACUGUUUUUUUUAAAACUUAUCCAGAAUUCAAAUAGAAAGUCAGAUUAUUUUUUUUUUUAUUGAUAAGUUUCUGUUUCUGGAUAUCAAUAAAGUUCAUUUACAUAACUGCA